CGAUUCAGGAGGACAUAGCCUCCACCGGUAAGAACGGUAUUAUGCAUCCUUUAUAAUAGGAGACCGGUCGUCUCCCUCGGCUUCGACUCUAGGCUCUGAAUAUUUUCACUCUCUUUCCUUGCGUGAUCGGUGCCCCAGCAGACUAUCGUCUGCGUCCUUUCGUUGAUUCGAACAAAGGCAAUCUUGCCUUGCCACUCUUUUGAUCUCGGGCCCUUUCAAACUCGCGUCAUUCAUUUCUUGCCUACAAAAUGGCUUUCCGGAGGACAGUUGCCGCUAUUGCGGCUCUCUCGUCCAUUGUCGUUCCUUCUGCUGCGUUGGAUGUGGAUUUGAAAACUAAUGUGGCCGUCUACUGGGGCCAAGGUGCUUAUCAACAACGGUUGCGCCACUUCUGUCAGGAGACUUCUCUCGAUAUUAUCAAUCUUGCCUUCAUUAAUGUCUUUCCCGACGCUGUCGGUGCCUAUCCCGGCUCCAACUUUGGCAACCAGUGUGAUGGAAAUGUCUACGCUGGAUCGCAGCUCCUCAGCGGCUGCCACCAGAUCUAUGAGGAUAUCCCGAUCUGCAAGGAGAUGGGCAAGACCAUUAUGCUGUCGAUUGGCGGUGAAACUGCCUACCAGAAGCUGACCAGUGACAUUCAGGCCAUCUGGUUUGCCGAUUUCUUGUGGUACUCGUUCGGUCCUCAAAACGAGGAUUACACCGAUGUCUAUCCUCGUCCCUUCCUGACCAAUUCCGUGGAUGGUUUCGACUUUGAUAUUGAGCACCUUGGUGGCGAUGGCUACGCUACCAUGAUUAACCGUCUGCGUUCCCACUUCGACGAGUACCCGGACCAGCAGUUCUAUAUCUCAGGCGCCCCUCAAUGCCCGAUUCCCGAUGCCCAGCUCGGCGACGCCAUCUCCAAGUCUUUCUUCGACUUUAUCUGGGUGCAAUGGUACAAUACCGAGUCCUGCGGAGCCAUCAACUGGAGCUCUGUCAACGCCAAUGGCUUCAAUUUUGAUGGCUGGGUUGAUGUUAUUCGAGCCAGCGCGAACCCUAAUGCUAAGCUGUUUGUGGGACUCCCUGCCUCAGAACACGCUGCCAACACGGGCUUCUACUUGACCCCAGCAGAGGUCUAUCCUCUAGUGGAGACAUACAUGGCGUUGUACCCUAAGCACUUUGGUGGUAUCAUGCUCUGGGAGGCUACUGCUUCGGAGAACAACACUUCUCCCUACGGACUGACCUAUGCCGAGGAGAUGAAGGAGGUGCUCUAUAGUUGUGCUCCUCCUCCCCCUGUCCAAUCGACUUCGACUAUCCUCGUGACGCCUACUCCCAAGCCUACUCCUACCCCUACUCCUUCCAAGUCGGCGGUCCCUUCUAGCUCCCCAGCUUCAUCCUCGGCCUCUUCGUCGAUUGUCCUCCCGUCGAGCUCCCCGGUGGCUUCAAGCUCAAUCCAUGUAUCAUCAAGCACGCCCGCUGCGUCCCAGUCGAUUACUCCCUCGUCGACCCCUAGCGGUGUUUCCCCCAGCUCUGUGCCCUCGUCCAGCCCGGUGGCAUCCACUACUCCUGCUAUCCCGUCUAGCUCGCAGUAUGUCUCCAGCAGUGCUCCUCACGUCUCCCAGUCGAGCACUCCCUCGCCUUCCAGUGUCGGAUCGUCUAGCUCUGCCCCUGCGCCCAGCCACACUCCUUCGUCUGUUCCCGUGUUGCCGUCUGGCGUCUCAUCUAGCGUUCUGUCCAGCUCUCACGCCUCGUCUUCUGUGGGUGUCUCUAGCUCGAGUGUGCCUUCUAGCUCCCCGGGUGCGUCUCCUCCUAGUCUGCACACUUCUAGCUCAAGUGUCCCGGCCGUCUCGCCUACGGCUACUCCCUCUAGCUCUCCCUCGCACUCGAGCCAGCCGGCCCAAUCUAGCUCUGCAAGCCCAUCCUCUUCCGGAGUUGUCAUCACCCCCAGCGGGAUUGUGUCAACGCCUUCAAGCACCCCCGUUGCCCCGACUCACUCGUCUUCCUCCAUUGUUGUCGUCGGAAGCUCCAGCACUCCUGUCCUGUCAACUCCAAGUGCUGUCGUGACCCCUAGCGGAACCGUCUCCAAGGCUUCGAGCACUCCCCUGAUUCCGACCCAUUCGUCGACUGCCUCUAGCAUUCCCGUUGGACCUUCCAGCUCCCCUUCCUCGAGCAACCCGGCUUCCAGCUCCGUUAUUUCUUCGGGAAGUGCCUCGGCCUCUAGCUCGACCGUCCCCAGCGUGAUUGCUUCUUCGCAGAGCGUUAGCAGCACCAGCACCGUCUCGGACUCGUCUUCUAUUCCUCAUAGACCCAGUCACACGCCAGUUACCCAGUCCCCCGUGUCUAGCCUAACCCGAGUCCCUAUCUCAAGCUCCGCUGCCGUGUCCGAGUCGCCUUCUGCCUCUAGUUCCGUGUCUGUACCCUCGGUCUCGGUCUCCUCUUCUGAGUCGGGUUCGACUACCAGCACUCAAUCCGCUGGUCAGUCAAGCUCUCCGGGUGUCGAUGCCACUGGAAGCUCUCAGGUCGCCAGCUCCUCCCAGGCCACCGGCUCAUCCCAGGCUACCGGCUCAUCUCAGGCUACCGGUUCCUCUCAGGCUACCAGCACUGCUCAGACUCUUGGCUCCUCCGGAUCUACUGGAAGUGAAUACCCUACGAUCACUUCCACCAUCAGUGCCUUCCCCUCAGUCACUCCUGCGCCCUCGUCGACUCAGCCUGACGUGACCACAACGAUUAUCGUUACCUCUUAUACUGAUAUCUGCCCUACUGGAUUCACUACCAUCACAACGACAAUCACGACCACCAUCUGCCCUGAAGCCACUGCUAGCGUGACUGGUCCUCCUUCCGGUCUGGCCACGACAACCCCCUCUAUCCCCGAGGGCUGGACCACUACCGUAACCGUCUGCACUCACUGCGCUGCGACCCCGACUACUGUCACUCUCACUAAGCCCAUUGCCACCACAACGGCGGUGGUUACCCCCGUGCCCUCGCCCGCCGCAGGUACCGAGACUUGGACUGAAACAUGGACUACCACGGUGACCUUCUGCAAGCACUGUGGUCCUACCGGCUCCACGCUCACCGUGACCGUGCCUUAUACUCCCUCGGCCACCCCUACCGGAGCCACCGGUUCUUCUGGACAAGGUGAAAGCUCUGGCUCCAGUGGCGUCCCUAAGCCCACUGUCACCGGCACUGUGGUUGUCGUGCCCUCUUCCAAGCCCAUUGGAUCGGCUUCUAGCAUUCCCUACUCGCCCAGCCGAGCCCAGACUUUCGCUGCCCACUCCACUGGAACCGCCUCCCAGGCACAAUCCUCUGCUAGCAGCACUCAAGAGGGAGUCUCUCCCAUCUACACCGGCGGUGCCUCCCGAUCGGGAGUUACCAACUUCAUCGCCAUCGUCAUGACCGUCCUAGCAUCUUGCGUGUUCCUUUUCUGAACCUGAUUGCGGACUGAACCUUUGAAGCGUCUUGCAUCUUGGUCACACCCCGACAAUUGAUCAUAUCCGUUUUUGUAUAUGCUCUUUUAUGAUGUUAAUUGUUACUACAUUUACUUCGACAACCCUCGAUCUCCAGCCUGACCUUGUCUGAGUGGCGGAGUGAUUUAUUUCUACAUGACCUAUUAUUUUUGAUCAUUAUAUGGAGAAACUCUGGUCAUUUUAUGAAGAGCGUGCAAGCUAUCAAUCUUAGAUUAUAUACUCCCAUUGAGCGAAUCAACAUUGUAUUUCCUAUUCAAGAUGACACGGCAAGAAUGAUGAGGAGUGGGGGAGAACGGCUCUACAAUAAAAAGCAGCACAAGAGUAGUAUCCGAUCAUCACAUAUCGAUGAAGUGAGAUUUACGCACUGA